UAGCCGAGGUGGAGCGAUACGACCUGCUGCCUCUGGGGGCGGGCUGCCUGGUCGCGCCACCUUGUGCGCACUGCAGCGAGCCUUCCCCGCGCCAUCGCGUGCCUGUCCCUGCAGGCGGGCUGCUCGUCGCCGACUUUGGCGCGCCGUGGUGCGGCCCGUGCGCCGCCGUCAAGCCGCUCUUCGCCGCGCUCUCGCUCAAGCCGGAGUUCGCUGGCGUCACGUUUGCGCGGCUCGACGCGGAGAUGACGCCGCAGCUGAUGGGGGACCACCAGGUGACGAACAACGCGGACGCGCCUCACGAGAUGGGGGGAGCAUACCGCAGAGAGCUCCGAGGGGCGUCCCGGUUCACAAAGAAAGAUGGGCACACUGUCUCCGCAGGCAUCCACCCAGCCCCUCGUGCUGUGGCCUCCAGGUGGACUCGUUCCCAACCUUCAAGUUCUUCCGCGACGCGGAGGAGGAGGACCUUCCCGUGGUGGGCGGAGACAUCGACGGCGUCGAGCAGCGGAUCCGGUCGCUCCUCGCCGAGGCGCGCGACACGGCAUGAGAACGGAGGGGAGGUUUUCGAUCUUUCUUUUCGCAAAGAAAAGGCUGUGCUCGGGCUCCUUGCCGUCUAGGGGGUCUAGCUCUAGGGAUCCCAAAACUCGCG